AUGAGUGAUACGCUAGAAUCCCGUAUUCUAAAGGUUGCUAGUAGCAACAACACUGAAUUUCCAGAAUUCCCUGAUGACAAGAGCGAUUUGCCUUCCGAUUACGAGUACGACGCCGAUCAGCUUGAAGAAGAAGAGGAAAUCGUCGAAGAGGUGUCCGAGAAUGAGUUGUUGAAAUACCUUGACAACCAAGAGAAUCCGCUCCACAUUGCACAACGACUCUUCUACAAGGAGAUCAAUACAGUCGCUUCUCAAGCAAGUUGCCCCAAUUGGCAACUCGAAAAGCUGUCGUGUCGCGUCCUUGAGGAUUUGUAUGCUCAUGGUUGGGCUACUGUCGAUGGCUUGAUUGAUCUCUCCACGCUCAAGGGUGCACGUGCUGAAGCCGAGCAAUUACUCAAGAAUGAUGCAUUCACACGCGCAAGUGCAUUGUCAGAAAACGAUCCCGAUGAUCCAUUCCGUGAUGGUACCGCUCGUGAUGAUUGGAUUACUUGGUUGGAUCCCAAGGGUGAAAACAGCAAGCAUUUGCAGGAGGUAUUGAACUUCUUUUCGGGUCCAUUGCAUCAUGAUUUAUCAAAGAUGAUUCGUCUGCAAGGCCGCACAGAGUACCAAUUAGCUGUAUACAAUCCAAACAUGGGUGCACGCUAUGAACGCCAUCGUGACGCUUUCCCCACGGAUGAUCCUGAGGAUACGCAUCAACGACGUGUCACCGCCAUCUUGUAUUUGAAUCCUGGAUGGACCCCUGGUCAUGGUGGCGAACUCAAGAUUUAUGGUCAUUCGAAUGGAAAUGGUAUGACGGAUGCUGCGGAUAGAACAGUGGAUCCUUUGCUUGGACGAAUGGUCAUUUUCCUUAGCGGUGUCGUAGACCAUGCAGUGCUCCCCGCCAAUCAACAACGAUUCGCAUUAACAGCAUGGAUGCGCUAA